UUGAACAUGGAAGGCUUUCAGAAAUCAGUAACGCUGAGGAGAAUUACUAAUCGCAAAUAUGUUAAUUAUAUUCAAAUAAUUGCCUUAUGAAUCCAAACGGGAGAUGUCUGUUUACCUGCAGGAAUGGAAGGACGAGAGACUGACCUUUGACUCAGCGGCGAAUGGGGACAUAGAGAGCGUCUUUUCACCGAGCGACAAAAUAUGGAAACCGGAAUUAGUCAUAGACAAUUCGUUAGAGGACCUAGGCGUGAUAACGGCCGAAAAUCUCAACCUCCGAUAUGAUUUCGAAGGAGAUGUGGAGUGGGAACCUCCUACACUUUUCAAAGUCCACUGUCAGGUUGACGUGACGUUCUACCCGUACGACCAACAGAAGUGCUCCAUAGUGGUCAUUGGAUGGGGCUACACGGUUGAAGAAGUGGGUCUAGUAUUCCUUUCCAAUGCUAUCAACCUUGACGAUAUCGAAACGCACGGCGAAUGGAUGGUCACGAAGACGGAGACCGUGAAAGCUUUGUUAGAGGAAACCCUGGACGACGGGACUAAACGCCAAUUUCCACAACUUGAGUUCUGGAUUAGCAUCAAGCGACGUCAUGCGUUUUACAACCUCAAUGUCAUCAUGCCUGUGGUAGUGACGUCACUACUGAUCGCACUGACGUUCAUCGUGCCGUUCGAAUCCGGCGAGAAGCUCUCGUACAUUCUCACGGUGUUUCUGUCCCUUGCCGUGCUCCUGACUAUCACUGCGGACGCACUCCCGCCCACUUCAAUCACAGUUUCAAAUUUAGCUUUGUACCUCGGGAUCGUGACGGUCCUGGCGGCGGUAGGGAUGCUGAUAACGGUCCUGCUGCUGAUGGUGUACCACAACGAGGUUGACAUCAGCGACUCGAGGUCCGUGUCAAGCGGAUGCAUUCUUCUACUCGCCAGUGUCGCCGCUACGUUGAUCUGCUCGUCCAAAAGACACCUCUUUGGGCGACGGGGCUCGACCAAAAUGGUGACGGUGAUGCCUGUGAAUGGUCAUGAAAGUGCGGCUGGAAAGCAGAGUAGGACGAACGCUGGGGGUAGCAAAGAGAGCGUCACAGACGAAGAUGCAAGCGUCACCUGGCAGGAUGUGGCUAUUAUUCUGGACAGAUUCGUCUUUAUUAUAUUCCUGGCGGUGACUGUCGCCAUUAACGUUGGGUUUCUAGUAGGACUCGUUGUGGGUGGGAACACGACUGAUCCAUGAUGACGUCACAAUGUGAGCGAUGCCGUCACGUAUUACAUGACAUUAUGUUAAUUUACAUAAAAAUGUUCUAUACUCUGUGAUACCAUUAUUUUUCAUAAUUUUUAUUUUUAGAGAGAUCACACGGAAUAUUAUUUGACUAGCAAAAGUUGGCAGUUUGAAUGCAGACUCCAUUGUUUUAUCACCAUUCUUAUGGUAGAUUUAUUUAUUUUUGUGCUGUUGUUCUUUGUGUGUACAUUUCUUUGAGUUAUAUUAUCAACAAUGAUACGAUUGUCCAGUUUGCAUGAGUACACUAUACGUUCAUAAUUAAUGCUUUAUUAACAAUUAAACUGCAUACCGGUAACCCAUUUCAUUAAAGUAAGUACUUCUUGAUAGCAGAAAUUUAAAGUCCCCAUUUCUGCUUGUGAUGUUUUGCAAAGAAUAUGGUCGAACGACCUUUUUUUUUUGGGGGGGGGGGGGGAGAGAGAAAUACAACGACCGGGAAAAUACAACAAAAACCAUACAAUAUAAUAAUUGUUAGUGUAGUUGUUAAAUAAAUUUCUGAAGUUAUAUAUUCAUGUUGUAAAUGGCAAUUUUAUAGUACAUCGAGGUGUCACGGCACAAUCACGUUUAAAACAUUUUGAAGUAAUUGUUAAUGAAAUUAUGUCUACCUUGUAUUUAUUUUUAUGCAUAUUAUUAUUGUUUUGAAAGAAGGUAAACUUCUUUAUAUGUUCUUUUCUUUGCAUCCAACGAAAAGUUAUUAAAGAAUGAAGCAAAUGUAAAAAAUAAUCAUUUUCAAUCCGGUGUGCAGUGAUAUGUAUGAGACCGUGGAAACCUUAGACAUAUCAAAACAUCAGUGUUUGCGCAUGCGCUAUGUUAUUUAAAUUCUGCCGUUUCUAUUAUUUUCAAUAUUCGAUUGACCUAUAUCGUGGAACUUUACAAUAACUGUUCAAGCUUAUAAAGAACGAAGGUUUAUUAAACAUCUACGACCCACAUUCAAACGACUAGACAAUCGUUCCAAUAUAAUACGAAACCUGUCAUUUUGCAUAACGGUCAAUCCAAGAUUGCAUAAAGGACGUAAGCUCCAAAUUGAAAUCAGCUCUAUUAAUCUUAUAUUUGGUAUAAACACGUCAUUACAAGAUAUAUAGAGUAAAUGCAAAUCCUUUUGUCUAUUAAGCUUACCCGUUAACUGCGCGCAGUGGGAUUUGUUUAAGCGUUAUCAAUUCUAAGUGGCGUAUUAGAACUAUAAGCAGGUGUCAUUUGUGAGGACACAGUGGAUUUUUCGUCAGAAGGUCAAAUUUUAAACGUGAACACUUAAUUUGCUUGGUUUCUUUAAAUGUAGAAUGAGUUUUUGUUUCGGUUAUACUAGCGCAUAGAGAAAUGUCCAGUAUGCUUAUAUAGUAAUAAUACCAUUAAUUAUAAUUGAUCAAUUAUUUCUAAUUAUAAAACGACAGGCGGCUUGUUUUCGGUACAUACAGAAGAACGUUAAGUGCGGGUUCUUCUGCAAUAAGUGUGCGCGGAGCCUAUUGUCUUCAAAAAUGUAAAAUAUAUAUUCUAUAUUUUUAGAUUCAAAUACGCGGACACAUAGUGAUGAUUCUAGUACUCGAAUUAUUGACGAUAUUGAUCUUACCUAAAACAAGCUGUUUUGUUUUCAUGUUAAAGAUUUGAUUUAAAAUCUGCUUGCAGGUUAAAAUGCGAUGUUUCAAUUUUUACUCUGUAGCCUUUCAUGUGGCACAUCUAUAAAAGACCAAUUAAAGCUUUUUUAAACUAGCCAUAACAGGAAUACGCAAUUAUUAAACGAAUCCAUGAUGUCUAGCUUUUACUGUAUUUAGUGCUAUUUUUUAGCAAAGCUUUGAAAAAUAACACACAUGUGUAAAUUUUCCACGUUAUCGAUUAACUCAUUCUCGCUUUGUCAGGAAUACUAUCAGAUGUGAUUGGGGUGGAGACAUCUUGAAAGUGCCCGCAAUCUUUUAAGCAUGGAACUUGUCUCGAGGGACAAUGUUAAAAAAGUUUCCAAAGAAUCAACAACUGUCUUCUCACAGGGAUAAAUGAACAUUUAAUUUUUGCUCUAAAAUGAUAAUAUAUGUUGUAAUGGCUAUUGUUUCAUCAAUUUAAACAUUUUUAAUCAAUUAACAUUUAUUGUGACAUUAAAAACAUAAGAGUUACUUAAAGUCAACUAUUAAACUGUUUUCAUUGUAUAUGUUGUAAAGUUGUUGAAGUAAGAACAAUUAAAACGUUAU